CUCGUGCCCGACCCCAACACCGAGUCCGACACCGACAGCGCCUUCGACAGCGCCUCCAAUGCCAGCACCUCGAUAGCUUCGUCCGUCCUCAACUACGAGUACGCCAAUGGUCGUCGCUACCACGGCUACCGCAGCGGUGCCUACAUCCUCCCCAACGACGAGACCGAGCAGGACCGCCUCGACCUGCUCCACCACAUCUUCCUGCUCGCCCUAGGAGGCCAGCUCUUCGUCGCCCCCCUCCAGCCCGAGCGCAUCCACCGCGUCCUCGACGUCGGCACCGGAACCGGCAUCUGGGCCCUCGACUUUGGCGACUGGUACCCGGGCUCCGAGGUCAUUGGCACCGACCUCUCCCCCAUCCAACCCCACGCCGUCGCCCCCAACGUGCGCUUCUACAUCGACGACGCAGAGUCCGACUGGGUCUAUGCGCCCCACGAGCGGUUCGACUUCAUCCACCUGCGCGGCAUGGCCGGCGCCAUCCGCGACUGGGACCGCCUCGUGCGCCAGUGCUACGACAACAUGCAGCCCGGCGGAUGGGCCGAGUUCCAGGAGCCCGAUGCCUGGUUCUAUAGCGACGACGACUCCAUGGAGCGCGCUACAAACAUGAUGCAGUGGCAGAUUCUGUGCAACGAGGCCGCCGACAAGUUCGGCAAGCCCAUUCGCGUCGGCCACUUCUUGAAGGAGAAGCUCGAGAAUGCCGGCUUCGUCGACGUCCAGGAGAGGAUCAUUCAUAUCCCCCUCGGUGCAUGGCCCAAGGACCCGAAAAUGAAGGAGAUUGGCCGCUUCCAGCGUGAGCACGUCUCGCUCGGCGUCGAGCCCUACACGUACGGCUUCAUCGGCAAGGUCCUCGGCUGGACCGCCGACGAGUGCAAGGUCAUGACGGCAAAGGUCGUCAACGAGGUGAGGGACCGAAGCCUGCGCGUCUAUGUCAAGUUCUACUUUGUCUGCGGCCGCAAGCCCGAGAGCGCCGUGCAUUGA